UAACGUCCACUUUUCGAUCGGCGCAUGCACCUAAACCUUAAACCCCUGCCCAAACGUCUGCCAAGUAGCGUCAACCGCGAGAUCGCGUCGCCAACACCAGACAACUGUCGCGCUCCACCAGAACGUGCGCCUCAACCACCAACUCUCCACCACUGCACCUAGCACUCCCAAUACUACUUUCAUGGUCGCGCAUUAGCAUGAUUAAAUUGCUAGCAACACCCACGCGACCAUGCAUCUCAUUAAACCACAGUGGUUGACACAUCCCGGCGAACAAAAAGAUUUUGAAGUAUACAGCUGCCACGUAUCCCCUGAUGGAUCGCGCCUGGCCACGGCCGCCGGAGAUGGAUACGUACGUGUCUGGUCUACCGAAGCCAUUCUGAAUUCCAACGACCCCUCGUAUACGAAGCCGAAGCAGCUCGCGGCUGUCAGCAACCAUUCAGGCACCAUACACGCGGUCCGCUUCUCUUCCAACGGCAAAUACCUGGCGUCUGGCGCAGACGACAAGAUAGUGUGUGUCUAUGCGCUCGACAAGAAUGCGCCGACACAUACAGCAUUUGGAUCGAACGAACCGCCGCCCGUCGAGAAUUGGCGCGUCAUUCGUCGCCUGAUAGGACACGACAACGACGUACAAGAUCUCGGCUGGUCAUUUGACUCGUCGAUUCUGGUGUCGGUCGGAUUGGACUCGAAAGUGGUAGUCUGGUCUGGGCAUUCUUUCGAAAAGCUGAAGACGCUAUCAAAUCACCAGAGUCACGUCAAAGGCAUAACAUUUGACCCUGCCAACAAAUACUUCGCAACUGCCAGCGAUGAUCGCACCAUCAAAGUCUACCGAUUCAAUUCCCCGCCCCCGAACGCUUCGCAGCAAGACCAGGUCAACAACUUCGUCCUGGACCACACCAUUACCGCACCCUUCCAAACUUCCCCACUCACCACAUACUUCCGUCGCUGCUCAUGGUCACCCGACGGUGCACACAUCGCCGCUGCAAACGCUACAAAUGGGCCAGUCAGCUCCGUCGCUAUUCUUGCGCGUGGAACCUGGGAUGGAGACAUCAGUCUGGUCGGCCACGAAGGGCCCGUUGAAGUAACCUCUUUCUCUCCAAGGUUGUUCUACCGGGAUGAGCCAAGGCCAGAAAAAGACGGAACUAUCAACCAGCCGACUGUUACUAUUGUCGCCUGCGCCGGACAGGACAAAUGCCUGAGUGUAUGGAAUACGAGCUUCCCCAGGCCAUUCAUGAUCUCGCAAGAGUUGGCUAGCAAAUCCAUCUCCGACUUAUCAUGGUCACCAAACGGAGAGACGCUAUACGCAACGAGCUUGGACGGCAGCAUAAUGACUCUUGUUUUCGAACCCGGAGAACUCGGCUACCCAGCGACAUUUGCGGAAAACGAGAAGACACUCGCUAAGUUCGGUGCCGGCAGAAGAGUUGGUAUCAUCGAGGGUACAGACGCGCUACUUCUGGAAGAGAGCAGUAAGAGUGGGGAACUGAAGGGUGUUCAGGGCAGGAUGGGUGCACUAAUGGGCGACGGAGGUGCCGUUCAACCACCGACCAUCACGAACGGCACCAACGGCGUCACCCCCUCAACAAACCUUACCAACGGAUCGGGUGCCGCAGCACCACCACAGGCUCCGGCUGAGCCACCCCCAGACGUGAGGGUCGAGAAGCUCAAGCAAAGAGUAACUGUCACCAAGGAUGGCAAGAAGCGUAUAGCACCUAUGCUCAUGUCAUCUUCGUCUGGUGUUGGCGAAUCUUCGUUACCUCAAACACAGCUUCUUUCUGCGACGACAACCUCAGGGGGCAGAAGUGACAACCCCCACAAUAUCCUAGAUCUGUCAAAGCCAUACGAUGGAUUUCCAAAAGGCGGACUUGCAUCCAUGCUGAUAGGGAACAAGCGGAAAUUCGCCGAGAUCGAAGGCGAUGAGGACCGGCAAGUGGAAAAGAGACUGGCUGGUUCAGUGAAGCCUGGAGGUGCAGCAAUUGUGCUAAACAGCGAGAAUGGUCUUAUUCCUCCCGCUGCUGCAGCUUCUAAGAACAACGAACUGACAGAGCCUCCAAAAGUCCUAAGACCGGCCAUCGUCAACCCUUCCAUGGCCCUCGCUCAGGUACGGUUAGCCGUGCCGAAAGUGAGAAGCGUCAUCGUGCGGACUAUGGAUGGCAGCGAGCCACCGCAAAGUGGUGUUGAUGCCAACACAGGCAAGGCGGAAAUACCAGACACAGUCGUUCUAGAAGCGCGUAAUGCCAGCGGACCAUCACGGACGGGACGGCCACAAGAUCACGAUCCUACACGGUUGACAUGCACUAGCAAAGGACAAUCACUUUGGCAAGAUUUUCUACCAAAGGCCGUGCUCUUAGUGACUGGCAACACAAACUUAUUCGCAGCAGCAUGCGAAGAUGGAUCAGUAUACGCAUGGACGCCAGCCGGCCGGCGAACGCUGAACGCCAUGGUCCUCGAAGCUCAAUCUGUCAUCAUGGACUGCCGUGGCUGGUGGCUAAUGUGCAUAACAGCAGUUGGCAUGUGCUACGUCUGGAACCUCAAGACGAUGUCUGCACCUCACCCACCCAUCUCCCUAGCACCCAUCCUUGACGUUGCAGCCUACGCCCAAGGACCACACCUCACCCGGUCCCCCGGUAUCGUCUUCGCCCGUCUAAACUCAGCAGGCCGCAUCACAGUAGCCAUGUCCAACGGCGAGGGCUACGCCUACAACCCCGAUAUGUACAUCUGGCAACGCAUAUCCGAGCCCUGGUGGGGCGUCACAAGUCAGUACUGGAACUCCACCGAUUCCUCCGUCGGCAACAUUCGGUCUUCACAAGAGAAGAACGCUGCACCGAAAGAAAAAGACGACCAGGUCUCAAUGGAGAACAUCUCAGCAGGCAUCAUCCCCGCUCUCGAGCGCAACACAACGAACCAAUCCCUCCUCCAAGGUCGUGCCUUCCACCUCCAGCGUCUCAUCAAGAUCCUCGUCUCUGCGGAAGGCUACGAGACUUUUGAGAGCUCUGCUAGUGUCGCGCAUCUUGAGAACCGUGUCGCUGCUGCCCGUACACUGGGUGCAAGGGAAGAAUUCAAAAUCUACCUCACCAUGUACGUCAAGCGUCUCGGUGCCGAAGGUCUCAAGGGCAAGAUCGAAGAGCUCCUACGCAGUCUGAUGGGUAGUCUCGUAUCGGAAGAGGAAGAAGGCAUUGACGAACAAGAAGAGGCAAUGAAGGAGCCCGAGGAGAUUUGUGGAUGGAAGAGGGAGGAGUUGCUCAAGGAAGCCGUGUUGAUUCUAGGUAAACACCGCGACCUCCAGCGUAUAACGGUCCCCUACGCACGGCUUCUUGGCAUCGUGGCCGAGGGCCAGCGUCAGGAUGACCAGGCUAUGAUCACGGACAUGUAGCCAUCCUCUCUUUCUCUCAUUUGUUGAUUCACUUCAUCCUUGUACUAAAAGCAUCACUAUGGCGACACAAGGUGGCUUGAGGGUCCGGUAACACGUCAGGCGUCCAUCGGCGUUCGUGGUAAAGAUGGUAUCGUAUGUGUUUUGUUUUUUUUUGGAAA